AUGGCUGAGAAUAACGACCGUGUGGCAGAUGUGCUGAGCAACAACCAUCCAGUGUUAACCUGCAUCGGCCUGGGGAAGAGAUCAGAGAAGUCCUCUGUUCCAGCAGCAGCACCACAGCAGCAGCAACAGAUGAAACACCAUGAACAUUCAGAGGAGGACGACAUGUGGAGUCCAAAAGUUGGAAAUGACACGUGGAGCCCCUUUGAGUGUUCACAGCCCUGGUCUCUGUUCUACACCGACUGCCACCAACCUCAGCACGAGCUACACGUCUGUGGCGCCACCUUGCCGCCGCCUCGGACCGCAGACUGGAAUCGCUUCGAGAGUCUGAUGCAGGAACUGGACGUCAAACAGCUCGACCCGCCUCCACCGCAGAUCAUCCACUCCAUCACUGAUCCGCACCUGUCACAAAACACAAUGUCCAGAUUUGGGAGAUUUGACGCCUUCACGCAGCACUCGCCUUUAAUGAAGGCACAGGAUGACGGAAGCUGUCUGAAUGAUCAUCUAACCAAUUCAAGGCUGCAGGAGAAGCAAACAGAGUCUUCAUCACAGAGAGACAGGACGCACACCGUGUCCCCGGCAGAGAGAGCUGUGACAGCCAUCGCCAACGGCGGCACGCAGACACAUGGAACAUGUAAACGCGAGGCUCCCGGUGGGCGAACGUUGACUCAAGGACACAGGAAGUCCUCACUGGAGAGCCUCUACAGCCUCAAGAGUGGACAAAGCUCCUCAAGUGGAGUCACCAGCGGGUCAGACUGGUCCAGUAACAGGGGCAGUCUAAGGCUGGAGGAGGAUCUGUUCUGUGCCAGACAGUUCUGUGGCCGGGCCAGAGUCCGUACGGAACACACGCCAAGUCCAUAUGACACAGAAUCUCUCAAACUCAAGGUGGGAGACGUGAUUGACAUCAUCGCUAAGCCCCCCAUGGGAAUAUGGACAGGGAUGCUGAAUGGCAAGAUUGGAAAUUUCAAGUUCAUUUAUGUGGACUUGCUGAGAGAGGACAAUCCUGAGAGACAGAAGGAGACACAGAUCCACAGAGUGAGACACGGGUCAACUGUCCAGGAAGUGUUAAAGCUCCUCAAUUUAGAGGAGUUUUCCUCGUCUCUGCAGCGGAACGGUUACCAAACAGUAGAGGACUUGAUGAGGCUGAGGGAGCAUCACCUGAUGGAGCUGAAUGUGACUGAUCCAGGGCAAAGGCAUCGCCUGCUCGCUGCUGUCGACUCCUUGCAACGACUGCGCUCUGAGUGUCAGUUGGAGAACGAGGCCAACGAGGAGGCCCAAACCCAGGCUGAGAACACGAAGGCAGACACCAGCAAGUGCUCGAGAGACUCGGGCUGUCCCGACUACACCAGAGAGGACGCAGACGUACACGUUCCCUCUCAACAGCCUCAGACGACAGCUUCAUGAGAGAAAAAUAUCCACUCUUUAUAUGCCUGUUGCAUCCCUCCAUUAUGCUGUCGAGCGGACUUUUAUUUAUAAAAAUGUCUGUACAGUAUAAAUGUCCAGCCGCUGCAUUUACCACAUG